AUGAUGCUUAGCCCGGACCAAGCUGCCGACUCCGACCACCCCUCCUCGGCGCCCUCGGACCCGGAGUCCCUGGGCGGCGCGGACGCCCAGGCGCUGAGCUGCUGCGUCUCCGACCCGGAGCCCGCCGAGGGCGGCGGCGGCGGCGGCGGCGGCAGCGAGGGCCGGGGCGGCGGCGGCGGCGGCGGGGAGGGCCGGGGCGGGGGCCGGCCCGGGCUGCACCCGCCGCCGCUGAGCCGCGAGGAGAAGCGGCGGCGGCGGCGCGCCACGGCCAAGUACCGCUCGGCGCACGCCACGCGCGAGCGGAUCCGCGUGGAGGCCUUCAACCUGGCCUUCGCCGAGCUGCGCAAGCUGCUGCCCACGCUGCCGCCCGACAAGAAGCUCUCCAAGAUCGAGAUCCUGCGCCUCGCCAUCUGCUACAUCUCCUAUCUCAACCACGUGCUGGACGUCUAG